AUGCAAAACCAAGGAAUGAUUGUUUAUCAUCCUAAUAUUGAUUUGGAAGGAAACGUUUGCCUCAACAUCUUGCGUGAAGACUGGAAACCAGUUCUUAACAUUAACACUGUUAUCUAUGGACUCUUCCAUCUUUUCACGGAACCCAAUUCUGAAGAUCCUUUGAACCAUGAAGCUGCACAGGUUUUAAAGGAUAAUCCAAAGCUCUUUGAGACUAAUGUUCGAAGGGCCAUGAUUGGUGGAUAUGUUGGUCAGACCUUUUUUUUGGCGAUGUAUCUAACAAAAGCUCUGCUUCAAGCAAAAAAGAUAAGAACCUGA